AAAUGGCCGGCUCAGACAGCGCCCGCCGGAAGCCGCCGUCCCUGCCGUGGACGGUGCGCAUCCAGACGACCGCUUUUGCACUCGUUCACCGCGUGGACGGCAGCAUCCGGCGCUCCCUCUUCUCCCUCGGCGACCGGAAGAAGCGCGCCACGCCCCGUCCGGACCCCUCGGAGUUCGUCCGAUCCGCCGACGUCGGCAUCGACGCCUCCCUUGGCAUCUGGGCGCGCGUGUUCUCCUUCUCCCCCUCGGCCGUCGCCGCCGCCGACAUCCCGUACCCCGUCGUCGUGUUCUUCCACGGCGGCGGCUUCACGCUCCUGUCGGCGGCGUCCCGCACCUACGACUCGUUCUGCCGCCGGCUCUGCCGCGAGGUCGGGGCCGUCGUCGUGUCCGUGAACUACCGCCUCGCCCCACAGCAUCGUUUCCCGGCGGCCUACGACGACGGAGUCGCCGCGCUUCGCUACCUCGACGGCACCGACCUGCCAGCCGACCUGGUACCGGUCCCCGUUGACCUCUCCAGCUGCUUCCUCGCCGGCGACAGCUCCGGCGGCAACAUGGUUCACCACGUGGCCCAGCGUUGGGCGUCCAUGUCGGCGGCGGCGUCUCCUCCCCUGCGCCUCCGCCUGGCCGGCGCGAUCCUGAUACAGCCGUUCUUCGGCGGGGAGGAGCGGACGGUAGCCGAGUUGGCGUUCGACAAAGCCUGCCGCACAUUGUCGAUGGCGCGGGCGGAUCACUACUGGAGGGAGUUCUUGCCCGAGGGCGCCACCCGGGACCACCCGGCGGCGCGCGUCUGCGGCGAGGGUGUUGAGCUGGCCGGGACGUUCCCUCCGGCGAUGGUGGCAGUCGGCGGGUUCGACCUGCUCAAGGACUGGCACGCGAGGUACGUGGACACGCUGCGCCGGAAGGGGAAGAUGGUGAGGGUGGUCGAGUACCCGGACGCCUUCCAUGGCUUCUACGCGUUCCCGGAGCUCGCCGAUUCCGGCAAGUUCAUGGAUGACAUGAAGCUCUUCGUGAACGAACAUAGAUGCAAGCGUCCUGUUUAGAUGAUCUGGCCGUUUCGAGCAUGCAUGGAGAAUUGGAGAUUACGUGGAAUAUAAUCCGCGUCAAAUCUAUGCAAUGUCACGCACUAUAUAUAAUACUAGCUACCAGAGCUUCCGUGCACUGUGCACUCGUCGAAUAAAGACAUCACGCUAUGUAUAAUACUACCAGCUUCCUCGUCGAAUAAAGAUAUCCGUUGCUUAAA